AUGGGAAAUUGUAAUAUUGAUGUCGAAAGAGAUUAUGAAAAAGCUGAUCAACUACUUGAGUGGAUAGAUUCGUAUCUUCUUAAGCCCGUAAUUCCUAAUUCUAACAUAUCACUUCGUUCAAAUCGUACAAUAGAUUAUGCUGUAACUACAGGUGACGAUUUAACAAUGCAAACACGUGAAGGUGUUACUAGCAGUAACCAUAAACCCUUAUUAUGUGUAUUUGCAGAUGAUGGUGUCCCAAAAAGUAAUGUAUCUCGAACAGUAUGGUCAGUCUUCUUGUUAUUCUUAUCUUAUACAUAUGAGUGUUGA